AUGACCACAAAUAUCGUCGAGUCGCUCAACUCGAUUUUGAUGGAUGAACGGGAGCACCCCGUGUCAUACAUAUUCAAUUCAAUUGCUAAAAAAUUUGGUGAAAAGUUUAGGAAGCGGCAUGCAUUUGUCGGUGGUAAAAAGAAUAUAUUUGUACCUUCUGUGAAAAGGAUCCUAAGGGAUAAUAAGAGUGCGAGCGAUUCCUUGUAUGUGGGUAAUCCAAACGGGGUUCUCGACGAGUAUACGGUGUUUGGCAACGGCGUUACUGCUAAGGUCAAUCUCUUGGAGAGGAGCUGUUCUUGUCGAAAAUUUGACUUGGUAAAAAUACCGUGCGAACACGCGAUGGCAGCUUUGCGAGCAAAGUACGGCGAUGAUGAAGAUUAUGCAGCUGUUUCUUCCUCAGCUUCAAUAGUUGUUUCUUUCUCAGCUUCUUCUUUUCGUUCACCUGCUGCUUUUUGCUCAACUUCUUCUUUUUACGUAUUUUUGAAAUAUAUAACAGCUUAA